AUGGUCACAAAAGUGCCAAAGUCGGGCUCACUGACGCUUCGGCCAAAGUCACCGCGACAGGACCAACGGCGGCAAGAAGGCGUUGCUGCUGUCCCGCAUGGGCAAGAACAGCUGUCGUUGUUGUCAUCAUCCCAUGCAAUGAAUCAGAGGAAGUCGGGUAUCUGUAGUCGUAAUUCACCCGCCUCGAUACCACCACCACCACCAUCUUUGUCGUCAUUUUCUCUCUUUGGGAGCCGAGGGUGCCGCCUUCUCUCGAGGGCCGAAACGGGCGGCCAAGACGAAGAAGAAAACGAGGAGUUGGGCGGGGCGGGUAGCUGUGUUUGUUUGCUGGAACCAACACCUCCGCCUGCGGGAGGGGAUGUCUUGGAAGAAGCGCCGCUAGCACCACCGCCUAUACCCCCGCAGCAACAGGCACAGACACAGCAACAGCAACAGCAGCCAUGCGGUGGUGUUAUUGGUGAGAAGCGAGCCGAUUCUGAUGGACAUACUUCAUCGGUGAGGGGAACACGACUAAAACUACGGGGAGCAGAAAAAAGGCUCCAAGUUGCACCACCCGCAAUAUCGGGUGAUAAAGAAAAGGGUGCCGUCACAGAAGCAAGACGCAUUUUUCGGCUUUCACGACGUGCCACCGCCCCAACGGUGACAGAGGAACCAGAGAAUCGGCCAGAAAGUAAACCCUUGAAGGAAGAGGGAGAAGUGCCUUUACACGCCAGUGAUGCGUUGGCAUCGUCGCUAUCUCGACAACCGGGGGUUGCAACGGGGAUGCGGGAAUCCAACGGUGAAGUGAAGGAGGGGGAGGAGGCGUCUUCGAGGGCGGGUGUGCCGCAGCAACCGCCUUUGGUGCCCCCAACGACCGCUCCGAUGAACUCCACUGGGGCGGAUGGCCCGCCGACGGUAAGACGUCAACGGAAUUCCACGGAUUGGGUGGAAUCGAUGUCGCCCACACCAACACCGCAGGGUCUGUAUAGUUGUGGUUGCUCGCCGAGUAUGCGUCGCCACAGUAAGACGGGGGUUCCUUUACCCCUCGGCCCCACGCCGCUGGAUUUCAGCUCCGUCACGGAAUAUGUUGAGACAAAGUACGAAAUGAGGACAAAAAUCAGUGAGGGGACCUACGGCGAGGUGUACAUGGGGCGUUGCCGUGCAACCGGGGAGAGCGUGGCGUUAAAGAGGUUAAAGGUGCUCCAUGGCCUAGAUGGGUUUCCUAUCACCUCGCUUCGAGAAGUCAUUGCCUUGCGACAUAUCAACAACGCACGCGAAAAUGCUGCCACUUCAGAUGGGAACCGAGACAACAAAAAGGAUCCCAUUGAGGAGGUUAUAAGCCUUCGGGAUGUCUUAUUGUCACGCAAUCAUCAUGACAUUUAUCUUGUGUUUCCGUAUUCAUCCUGCAGCAUCGCUGGUCUGCUUCAACGACGAUUUCCCUUUACAGAAAGGGAAAUUGUAUAUGUGUUUAAAAAACUUCUCCGGGCGCUUAUGAAACUGCAUGCUAUGGGUAUUAUUCACCGUGAUGUAAAGGCCGACAAUGUUUUGAUUCACCACGACGGACGGGUGCAGCUUGGGGACUUCGGCUUGUGCGUCUUUGAGGGAUCGGGUCGACGUGCCUUGACGCCAAGUCUUAUCAAUCUUUCGUAUCGGCCACCCGAAAUGCUGUUAGGAAUCACUUCUUACGAUGUAAAGGUGGACAUCUGGUCUGUUGGUUGCUUUCUCGCCCAAAUGUAUCUUAGAACUCCACCGUUUUUUCUCGCACACCGAAGGCACGCAGGAGGAGGAGGAGGAGGAGGAGGAGGCGCGCGUCGGCAGCCCGAAACGGACCCCAAUCGGCGCACAGAGACCGAAUUGGAGCAGUUGUCGCUCAUCACGGAUGUUCUUGGGCCGCUUUCAAGUGCUGGUCCCGAUGCAUUUCCUCAGGAACGAUGUCAGCGUUUUGCGCAGCUUGAGCAGCUGCGGAGGGCCCUUGCCACCAACUCCGCCACCUCCUUGUCUUCCUCCACCCCAUCGCUCGGGUCACUCUUUCAGCCGAGUUUUCUGUACUCGGAGUUCAAUGGCUUUGCGGCGUGGUUCAUGGCAACAGCGGAGCACCGCCGACGCGACGCAUCGCAUUUGCUUCCGUCGAAGGAGUGCAUCGAUGUGUUGGCGGCCAUCUUUCAGCUCGAUCCGCGCAAGCGACCAACGGCGGCGCAGCUGCUGGAAAUGCCGUUCUUUCAACUUCACCGUACCGGACCGCGACGGGCCGUGCCGCAUGUCGAAUUGGAGAAGGAACGGCUCUCAGAAGAUGAAGUUGUGGAGAGACACAUUCAACGUGAGAUUGUCGAGAAGUUGGUGCUGUACCACGACAGUCACGUUGCACCGUCCACAGAAGGAGGCAAGUAG